AUGCAGAUCUUCGUGAAAACCUUGACGGGCAAGACCAUCACGCUCGAGGUCGAACCCUCCGAUACCAUCGAGAAUGUGAAGGCCAAGAUCCAGGACAAAGAGGGCAUCCCGCCCGACCAGCAGCGUCUCAUCUUCGCCGGCAAACAGCUGGAGGACGGUCGCACGCUGAGCGACUACAACAUCCAGAAGGAAUCCACCUUGCAUCUGGUGCUCAGGCUGAGAGGGGGCGCCAAGAAGCGCAAGAAGAAGAAUUACUCCACUCCCAAGAAGAUCAAGCACAAGAAGAAGAAGGUCAAGUUGGCCGUGUUGAAGUUUUACAAAGUUGACGAGAAUGGAAAAAUUCACAGGCUGAGGAGAGAAUGCCCAGCCGAACAAUGUGGCGCCGGUGUUUUCAUGGCUGCCAUGGAAGACAGGCACUACUGCGGAAAGUGUGGUUACACCUUGGUGUUCUCCAAACCAGAGGAUAAAUAGGUGGUUUAUAGAAUUGUUAAUACAAAACACAUAAAUGCCUUGUUUUAGUUUUUUUGAAUAAAGUAUUGCAAGGUA